AUGUAUGAUUAUGUUAUUCUCAAGAUUCGUAUGCCACCUACGUCAUUUAGUAGCACAUGUUUAUACCAUUAUUUAUAUAUAAAAGAGCAUCAUCGAUAUCAACCAGCACCUCUUAUAAAUCAACAAGCAGAUUUACCUAGUGAACAGUCUUUAUUUAUAUCAAAUAUUCCAGUAGAUACUACAUAUGACCACUUAAAGUAUCUUUUUAAUGAAUUUGGUGCACGUAUCCAACAUGUAAUUUUUUCAUCUUUGUUAAAAUCGUCUUUUUCUGGAGAUACUGGUGAUACUGGAAAUGUAGAUGUUAUGUCUGAUCAAGAUCCUAUAUGGUCCGUUUGGAAACGACCUAUUUUACGUUCAGGAUCCUGGGCAAUUGUAGAAUUUUUGGAAAAACAAGAUGUUCAACGUAUUUUGCAGAAUGUAAAUAAUAAAAAAAUGGAAAAAUAUGUAUGGGGACAGAAAAUACCUUCAGGGCGUGUGCCAGAGUUAGGAUUUAAACAUUAUUAUGAUCAUCACAGUUUAAUGUACCCUUCACAUGUUGAAUUGCAAGCAUCAAUUGAUAAAUAUAUGUCUGAAUUUUAUUCGGUAGAAGAGAAACAGAAGCUAUUGAGAAAACGGCAGCGUACUGAGCCAGAUGAAGAAGGUUUUAUUACUGUUACUCGAGGUGGAAGAAUAGGUGCAGGGAGAAUUGAUGAUGCAAUGAAAAUUAAGGAAAAAAAGAAAAAUAAAGGGGUUCUUCUUAACUUUUAUAAAUUUCAAGCGUUGGAAAGGAAAAAAAAAGAGUUGCUUGAAUUGAAAAAGAAAUUUGAGGAAGAUCAAAAGAAAAUUCAAGAACUCAGAGAGAAAAAACGGUUUAAAAUGUAUCCAUGA